ACAUGAAAUACAAUAUGGCAGCUUCCAGGAUUCCCAGCAGCCAGUGAACACGAGGACCUUGUCAGUUUCUGAGUAGGCGAAUGACAGAUCGGUUACAGCCCUGCUUGCAUCAUAUCGGCCUACCGUAUGGACUGAGGCAUCGGCGGUGAAUUGAGGCUAGGCUGGGUGUUUCAAAAGAUGGCCCCACUCAACAUUCAGAAGAUCGUGAGCCUGAGCAGCGAAGAUCCUAAUUUUCCUGCCGAAAAUCUGCUGAAGUCAGAUUCCUUCAAAAAAUGGAGAUGCAAGGAACCAGGGGAGAAGCAGGCAUCAGUGAUCUUGCAGCUUGAUAAGUCCUCACAGAUUCACGCCAUUGACAUUGGAAAUGAAAACUCAGCCUUCAUUGAGGUUCAAGUGGGGCAUUCUGAUUCCUCUGCUGAUGGAUAUCAGGUCAUCCUGGUGACAUCUUCUUUUAUGACUCCUGCUGAAUCUCGCAAUGGCACUAACCCAAACCGAGUACGGAUGUUUGGGCGAGAGAAGUUGUCUGAGUCUGUGGCUUGCCAAAAGUGGGAUAGGGUGAAGAUUGUGUGCAGUCAGCCAUUCAACAAGCAUUGCCAGUAUGGCUUAUCCUUUGUCAAAAUCCAUGGACCUCCAGAAGAAGAAAGCACUUCAAGAGGACAAGAGGGGAAAAUGGGAGAAGUAAAGAAGAUUGGUGCCUUCAAGCUAAACCCUGUGGAAAAGGAUGCCAUCAGCAUUGGCAGCCUCUUUUCUCGGAUGAAGGCAAAGAAAGAACAACCUUCAACGAGCACUGCAGCUGCAAUUCGAGAUGCUUCAAGUCUGGCAGAAGUGGCAUUGGCAAGGCGUGAUAAGGAAGAUACAAUACCCAAACUCAAUAAAAACUCUGAAACUACUAAAAAUGGAGAAGACAAGCAGCUAAGUCAUCAUUCAUCUGCCAAGGAGAAAAGAGGAAGAGAAUCAUCUCCUGGGCAGAGGAAUGGAUCAUCUCUUGCCUCAAUCCAGAGGGGAGAAUCAAAUGCCACUUCCAAGAAGGCAAAGAAACAUUCAUUAGAAGCAGAUGAGACCAAGCCAUCCAGUUCAAAGAAAUCUAAGCCAGAUCAAAGAAAGAAGGUAACAAGGCCAUUCAACAAGCUCAUGGAGGAUGUUGUGUUUGUGAUCAGUGGUAUUCAGAACCCACUUCGAGCUGAGAUUAGGCAGAAAGCCACUGAAAUGGGAGCAAAGUACAAACCUGAUUGGGGAAGAGGCUGCACACAUCUUGUGUGUGCCUUUCUCAACACACCCAAGUAUAAUCAAGUGAAAGGGAAAGGAAAAAUAAUGAAGAAGGAGUGGAUUGAAGAUGUGUAUAACAAGCGAUGUCGCUUUCCCUGGAAGAGGUAUGCUCUUAUUGGUCCAGAUGAGGAUCUCAGUGAUGAAAGUGAACCAGAAGUUUAUGCAGCUGAAUCUGAUGAGGAAGAAAUGGAUUCUGAUCCAUACAGGCCCUCUGUCAGUGAAAGCAGUAAGGAGGAAGGACAAAGAAAGAAACAUAUAGAGACCAAUGUAGAUCCCUAUGAUCAGGAAACAGAUGAUGAAGCUGUCAACACUGAUGAUGAACUUGAAAGAGUUCAGAAAGAGCAAGACAAGAAGUUGGAGAAGAAGAAGGCUAUGAAAGAUGAAGAAGAUCCUUAUGGGGCAGAUACUGAUACAGAAGAGGAGAAGAAGGAGGCUGUGAAAGAUGAAGACCCUUAUGGGGCGGAUACUGACACAGAAGAGAUGGAGCAGAAAGAGGAUGUGUCUAAUUUAGAUUGGCCACCUUUGCCGAACUUUUUCAAGGGGAAAGUAUUCAGCUUGCUUGGGAAAAUAGAUGGUGAUCUGGAGAAACGGGUGAAGCGAUACAUCAUUGCAUAUGGAGGAAAACUGGAACCUCAAUUCACCAAAAAUGCCCUGAAGGUGAAAAAGGACAUUGAUUUUGUGAAGCCAGAGUGGAUUCUGCAGUGUCACUCGAAGCAGCGCGUUGUAGAUCACCAGCCUUACGUGAUUGAGCAAGAAGAGGAUGAAACCAUGGUGGUGUUUCGCCCAGACCCGUGUGGGAUAAUCUGUCUCUUUGUCACAUAUGCUGCUGUUUUCUAUGCAGACUAUGUCAUCAUGCGCUGGGUGGUCCUCGACACCAUGGCCAACAGCUUGUGGGGGACCUUCAAUGCCCUGCUGUUCAAUACCUUGGCAUUCCUGGCCAUCAUGUCUCAUGUGAGAGCAGUUUUCUCUGAUCCUGGAGUUGUUCCACUCCCGAAGAGCAAGGUUGAUUUCUCAGAUCUGCAUUCAGGAGGGGAUCAGCAAAAACAAAUGAGAGAGGAUUGGACAGUUUGUGUGAGAUGUGAGACAUACAGACCUCCGCGGGCUCAUCACUGUCGCAUCUGCCGGCGAUGCGUUCGACGCAUGGACCACCACUGUCCUUGGAUCAACAACUGUGUGGGGGAGUGGAAUCAGAAGUAUUUCAUCCAGUUUUUGAUCUGGAUUGGCCUCUUGGCACUGCAUGCACUGAUCCUCAUUAUUUUAUCGCUUGCCUAUCCGUGUGAAGCGUGUGAGAAGGAACCUAUGGUUGUGAAGCAAAGUCGAGUGAUUCAUUCUGUGAUCUUGGUUCUGGAGAGUCUGCUGUUUGGGAUGUUCGUCAUUGCCAUCAUGGUGGAUCAGUUUUCGGCCAUCAUGAGUGACGAGACCGCUGUGGAGCAAGUGCAGAAGGCAGGUCCAUAUCGUCCCCGCAAGCCAGCUAUGGCUCUCCUUAGCGAAGUGGCUGCUGAGGAAGAGCCAGACAAGCUAUACAAAAUGGUUGAAGUAGAGGUCCAAGGCCAUGACCCAGCUGUGCUGCGCAGCUAUGAAACUUACUCCCUGAUGGCUGCCAAACACCUCAAUAUUCCUGUCAAGCAAACGUUUGAGAAGCAUUACCAUCAUUACCAGCGAAAUGUUUUGAAGUCGAUACAUAUCUUCAAGAAACAUCAGGUACACUAUGAGGUGCGGACCUAUUACCGGGUGUUGCAGUUUCAGCAUCUGACAGGAUCUACAGCUGACACUUUCUUGGAGUACAUUCAGAGGAACCUUCCCGAGGGAGUCAUGAUGAAGCAUGCAGUGGAGAAGCUGCCUGAGCACAUCUCUCAAGCUCCCAGUUGA